AUGUUUCUCCUGUUUCGGUCGUCUUCUUUCUCUAACCCAUUAUUCUUGAUCCAGAAGUUACCGUCGCACACUAGUGCCAUUGUUGGAAGUCAAGAUAAUGAUCUUGAUUCUGCUCUAGCGAAAGCCUCAACGGAGAACAAGACUGUGAUAGUGGCUGUCAUAAACAAGGCUUAUGCAGAACAAGACGUUAAUGGCGAUACCGUCACCAUGUUUGACCUAUUUCUGAGCAGUUUCUGGCUUGGAGAAGGCACGAGGUCUCUUCUAGACCAUCUUCUGGUGGUCGCCGUCGAUCAGACGUCGUAUGACCGGUGCAAGUUUCUCCGGCUAAACUGCUUCAAAUUGCAAACCGACGGUGUUGAUUUCCAAGGCGAGGAAUUGUACAUGUCACCUGAGUUCAUUAAGAUGAUGUGGAGAAGGACUCUUUUUCUCUUGCAAGUUCUCAAACGAGGAUAUAACUUCAUCUUCACGGACACUGAUGUGAUGUGGCUAAGAAAUCCAUUCACAAGACUCAGCAACAACACGAACGAGGACUUACAGAUCAGUACUGACCGUUACCUUGGAAAUCCUCGGUCGGAAAAUCACAACAUCAACACAGGAUUCUACUUUGCUCGAUCGAACAACAAGACCAUUUCAUUGUUUGAAACAUGGUACGGUAAGAAGGACAGCUCCAAAGGUCAGAAAGAACAAGACGUGCUUCAAGGUCUCAUAAGACAAGGCAUAAUAAGACAGUUAGGUCUUGGGGUUAGGUUUAUGGACACCCUUUACUUCAGUGGGUUUUGUCAAGAUAGCAAGGACUUUAGGGCAGUCGCCACCGUGCAUGCCAACUGUUGCCGGAGCAUCACCGCGAAGAUUGCCGACCUUAAGGCCGUCCUCCACGACUGGAAGCUGUUCAGAAAGUUGGAGGCAAGUCAGAGUAAUUCGACGACUACUUUGAGGUGGUCGGUUCACCGUGCAUGCCGCAGCUCAUGGCAUUAA